AUGAGGGCGUGGCUGGUGAUUCCCAGCCUUCUGCUUGUGGUUCAUCUACGAGCAUUCAACAUCGAUACGAAGAAUGCCGUCAUACAUUCGAUGCCCUCCGGAUAUUUCGGAUACUCCCUCGAUUUCUAUAACGAAGAGAAAGGGAUGCCUGUUUUGGUCGUAGGCGCGCCUGAAUCCGAGACGACGAAUCCAAAUCUUCGUGGAAUUCGACGACCUGGUGCCGUCUACGUUUGCUCCGUAAACAAAGCCACCUGUAGAGAAGUGCACGUGGAUAAAAAACAAGGCAACGAACAUCGUCUGAACGGCUCCCAUUUGGCUCCAAUUGAGGACAAAGCGUAUCAAUUCUUUGGCGCCACCGUAGCGUCAAAUAAGAAGCACGACAAGCUCAUAAUGUGUGCUCCUAAAUACAAAUACUUCUUCUCGAAAUUCGAGGUGAUUGAACCAGUGGGGACUUGUUUCUUUGCCGAGCAAGGAUUCACCAAAACACAGGAAUUCGCCUCGUGUCGUCAAGAACCUGCAAGACACGGCAGGCACCGCUUUGGAUAUGGACAGUGCGGAUUCUCAGCUGCACUUCCUGACAAAUUCAAGAAAGGAGACGAAAGAGCUUUCAUUGGCGCGCCUGGUGUGUGGUAUUGGCAAGGAGCCAUUUUUAGUCAGAAUGUUCGAAAUGUCACUGAUCGACCGAACACGGAGUACGGUGGAAAAGAGUAUGACCAUGACAUGAUGGGUUACGCUACGGCUACUGGAGACCUAGAUGGUGAUGGUGUGGACGACAUCGUGGCCGGUGUCCCACGAGGAAAUGAUCUAGCAGGAAAGCUGGUGCUGUACACCACAAAGCUGAAGAUGCUGGUCAAUCUUACCGACCCGUCGUCUUCACAACAAGGACAGUACUGCGGCGGAAGCCUUGCGGUCACCGAUCUGAACAAGGACGGGCGAGAUGAUAUUAUUAUGGGAUGCCCGUUCUAUACCGACUACGUCACGGUUAAGGAUGCGAAAACGCAGGAACGAAAGCCACAGUAUGACGUUGGGAAGGUCGUAGUGUUCUACCAAACGGCUUCUGGCGUGUUCGAUCGUACGUCAGUGAUUGUUGGAGAGGACCAAUGGGGUCGAUUCGGCUUCUCAUUGGCUGCGGUCGGUGAUCUCAACCAAGACGGUUACAACGAUUUCGUCGUUGGAGCACCAUACGCUGGUAAAAAUAAAGCCGGCGCUGUUUAUAUCAUGCAUGGAAGCAAGGAUGGAGUACGCCCGAAAUAUACACAAAAGAUCGAAGGUGGCGCUAUGGGUCCUCGAAUGAAAACCUUUGGUUUUGCUGUAGCUGGUGGGGUUGACGUGGAUGGAAACGGAAUGCCUGAUGUUGCCGUUGGAGCGUGGAAAAGUGGAAACGUGGCAGUUAUGACGACUAAGCCAGUGGUUACGGUGACUGGACAGACUGACGCCGACGGUGUGACCAUUAACGUGGAAGACAAGAACUGUGACGUCGAUGCGAAAAUCGGCAAGCAGUCAUGCCGAACAAUCAACACCUGCUUGCGCUACGAAGGCAAAGGAGACACUCCAAAUGAUUUGGAGUUCAUGCUGCGUUACAAUUUGGACGACCAUUCACCUGAACCAAGAGCAUAUUUCCUGCAGAGAGACAUUAAGGCCGACCGGGACAUAAAAGUUGCCAAAGAAUCAAAGACCAAAGAUCACCCAAACAUCAUCGAGAAGCGAGUUCGUCUUGAGAAGAACCGACAGAAAUGUGUCAAGCAGCGUUUCUUCGCCUCUAGCACAAUGAGAGAUAAACUAUCUCCUAUCCACUGGUCCGUCAACUACACCUAUCAGGAGUCCCGCACCGGUAAACUCGCAGGAGGCGAACUCGAGCCAGCCAUAGACACUACCGUACCUCAGUCAUUUGAAAAUAAGAUCAACAUCGCGAACAACUGCGGAAAGGACGACCUGUGCGUUCCCGAUUUGCGAGUGCAGGCAGUAGCUGAUCGACAGAAAUUCCUACUCGGCACAAAAGACAAUACGAUGCUCAUCAACGUCACAGUGCAUAAUGGAGGAGAAGAUUCGUACGAGACGAAGCUCUACUUCGACGUUCCUGAAGGUUUCGAGUACAGCGGUGUCGUGGCGACAGAUGAAAAGACAGCUCCAAGUUGCUCACCUACGACCGAAGAACCGGAUGAGGACGGUAGAUGGACGUUCGCUUGUGAAUUAGGGAAUCCUCUACCGCAACAGAAGACGUUGUCGACGGUGGUUAGAAUCACUGCGAACGAAAAUAAGCCACCCUUGAAACCUAUUGAGAUUCAUGCAUUCGUCAACAGCUCGAAUGACGAGGAAGAACACACCGAGAAUGACAACAUGGUCACGUUCACGAUCCCUGUUGAUUUCAGAAAUCAACUUACAUUAAAUGGCAGAUCAAAUCCUGAACAAGUCGAUUUCUCCACCAGAAACAAAACAGCUGAAGAUGUGUUCGACGACAACGAAAUUGGACCUGUGGUUAGCCAUUUGUAUCAGGUUUCCAAUCGGGGCCCAUCUGAGAUUGACUCCGCCACGCUGGACAUUUUCUGGCCAUCUUUCUCAGCUGAAGGAGGUCAUCUCUUGUACUUGAUCACUGAUCCCGUGAUCAGCGACCCGUCUAAAGGACGAUGCAGGGUGAAACAGUUGCAGAACAUCAACCCACUUAACCUGAGGGUUACUAACGAGCAUGUUCCAACUGAUGCACCUCAUCGGAUACGAGGUCCCGAGUACGAAGAGGAAGGAGAGGAGGAAGAGGAGGGAGAAGGAGAGGGGGAAGAGGAAGAGGAGGAACAAGAAACACAGACACAAGUGACGAGGUCGCGUUCGGGAGCUUCAGGAGUUGUAAGAGGUCAUCAAACGCAAACAACAACAACACAUACGGGCAUCUCCGGAGCCGGAGGAUCAUGGGUAUACCAAGAAAAACCCAGAAAACAAGUCGAGUAUGAGUACAUCCCUGACGACGACUACGAAGAGGAAGAAGAAGACUACGAACGGGGAGGCAGCAGAUUGAGGAGAGAAGCAAAAAAGAAGAGCCCUAAGCAGGGUGCGGUCAGAGCGAGAGCGGAUGGUAAACUCGUCUCAGAUAAAGCACGAUUCUCGGAUCUUCGUCAAGCGGUGAAGGAUUCGAAGGAUGCCGGUGGAGUGAUCGACUAUCAAGGUGUACUUAGCAGGGCUAGCGUCGAUUGCAACGCAUUGCGAUGUACCCAUAUUGAGUGCGAUCUCUUCAACAUUCGUGAAGAUGAAUUCGUACUAGUUGAGAUCUUCUCCCGUCUCUACACCAACACGCUUGUCGAUGAGCGAAAUCCAGGAGGUGAAAUUUCUUCGCUAGCGCUUGCACGAGUGACGAGCACAAAGAUUAACUGGCCCCACAAGCCAACGUUGGUUACAGCGGUCACCACUUCAUUAAAUGCUAUCGAUGAUGAGGCUUCAGCAGCAGGCGUUCCAUGGUGGUUGUACCUUCUUGCCAUACUUAUUGGUCUUGUUCUCCUCGCACUGUUGAUUCUCCUUUUAUGGAGGUGCGGUUUCUUCAAACGGAAUCGUCCACACACAGAGAAAGCCGAACGCAGGGAGAAUCGCGAUCCAGAUGGACGCUACGCCGACACGAAGACACGUUAUGCUGGUCCAGACAGCUACAAUCCUCAAAGCCAUGGUCAAAUGCUAUGA